AUGAUUUGUGCUGCAACUAAAAAGGAUUCAAAUCUCCAAGAUCUUAUAAAAUUCUUACAAACUGGUAAGUGGCCAAAUGAAAAAUCUUCUGAUAUUCAGUGUUAUUUUUCGAGAAAACAAGAUUUAAGUAUUGUUGAUGAUUGUGUUAUGUACGGGGAGCGUAUUAUAAUACCCAGCUGUUUUAGAAAACGCAUUCUAAAAGAAUUACACAAAGGUCAUCAUGGUAUCGAGAGGACAAAGGCACUGGCUCGCAGCUAUGUUUAUUGGCCCCAUAUGGAUGAUGAAAUUAAAAGGUAUGUACAGAAUUGUGCCAAAUGCUCUUCAGUAGCAAAAUCGUUACCAAAAACUUCACUUUAUUCAUGGCCAUUAACAAAACAACCUAUGGAAAGAGUUCAUAUAGAUAUAGCCGGUCCUGUUGAUAAUUUUUAUUAUUUCGUAAUAGUAGAUUCAUUUUCGAAGUGGCCACAAAUUUAUCAAAUUAAAUCGAUUUCUUCAAAUUCAAUUAUAAAUUGUAUGCGCGAUUUCACUUCAUUGUUUGGAAACCCUGAAUUAAUAGUGAGUGAUAAUGGAACUCAGUUCUCCAGCAGCAUGUUUUCCAAGUUUUGUCAAGAAAAUGGCAUUUUACACAAAUUUACAGCUCCAUACCACCCUCAAUCAAAUGGUCAGGCAGAAAGGUUCGUUGACACUUUAAAGCGCGCUUUGAAAAAACUCGAAGGAACGGGCACUUCUAGUGAAAAUCUACAAACAUUUUUAAAAUGUUAUCGUUCUUCACCAAAUCCUAGCUCUGGUGGCAAAUCGCCUUCUGAAUUGUUCGUGGGGAGAAAAAUAAGGAUUAAUCUUGAUCUACUUAAAAAGCCAACAGAAUCCCAAUUACAACGAAACGAGAAAAUGGAAGAACAAUAUAACAAACGUAAUGGUGCUAAAGAGCGGAUAUACAAUAUUGGUCAGAAAGUUUACGCAAAAUUAUACAAAUUAAAUAAAUCUGAAUGGUUCCCAGGUAUUAUCAAACGAAAACUCGGAAAUGUCAAUUACGAAGUCGAAAUCGAAAACAUUCCUGAAUUUCGUGCAGUUAGGUCUCAUACAAACCAACUAAGACCUCGUUAUUCUGAAUCUGAGAACAUAGCAGCUAAUGAUGUUUUAUUUGAUUAUUUCAAUUUAACAGCUCAACAGACUCCUCCUAGAGAUCAAAAUAUGAGAGACAAUGAGAUUGAAUAUGUACCACUCACUGAUGGACAGACUACAUCUACAGAUGAAUUGCAACCUGUUCAAGAUCCACUUCUAGUUACUUCACCAUCUGGUUCAACAAACGUGAAUAGUCAACCGACAACUUUAGAAAAGUUAACGUCAACAUUAGAAGAAGGUGCAACGACUAGUAAUUCAACAACAGAUCCUGUAAUUCAAACAGAUGAAGCUUCCCCAGCUCUUCGAAGGUCCAAUCGUAGGAAGCGUCCUCCUGUAUGGACUCCAGAUUAUCAUCUUCUUAAAAGAAAGAGAGAUGUUGGCAACCCCAAAUAA